UCGGUGGCCGUACAGAUUGUUCUGAGGAAAGUUGAUGGAACGUUUGGUUAUCUUUCGGAUCCUAGCGAAUCAUUAAAACGCAACAAAACUUCAUAUUGUUGGCUACACGAGGAUUCAUACUGACAAGAAAUUAGCUGCAUUUAUAUUCAAACUUUUUAAAGUGUCAGUGCAGUCAAUGGGCUGACGACCUAAGCUAGCUAGCGUAACGAAUGGGCUAGCUAACUAAAGGUUUGGAGAGCGAUUAAACUAACGUUAGCUAAACUUGCCAGCUAAAAGUUAGAUGAAAACGUAGCUCGGUUACCAACAAUGAUAUAGCUACUACUGUUGGCGCAUGUUUCUGGUGUUAAACCCAAGUUUAUUUCGACAAUGUGCAGGUAACGUUACUAUUUUGGCACUUAAACUUCAUAGCCUGAUAGAUAAUUCAGGAGCUACCGUUAGCACAGCUACUGUAGGUAUGAGUUUUUUCUAGCUACUAAGCUAGCUAGCAGUAAUUGGGGCUUAUUUUUCACUGUCCGUAGUGGGACUGGGUCAACUUCCACGUACACCCUGAUAAGUAGUUAGCUACAUAAAUGUGCUUUGUUCAUUCAAACUAGCGUAACUUUAUAGGUGACUAGCUAGCUAGUCUUAGCACUCUAACUAGGUAACGUUACUAGCUAACUUAUUGAAUAGUUACGUUUCAGAAGUUGAUCCACAAAUAAACUUGACCAGAGUGGCGACGUGGAAGAAAGUAGCAAACGUGUCUUACCAGGACAUUGGAAUACCAUGUUGGGACCGUCUUGCCCAUUUGUGAAAUCGUUCUGAACGAUUCACGAGCAUUCCAAUGAGUGUAGAGGUCGUUUGAUUUUGCAGCAGCUUUGCACCCUAUGGUUCUGCUACAGACACCGAGAAAUGGAUGUUUCCAAGGCUGGUUUCCCAAACGGUGAGGGGCGACCGAAAGACACGGGAGAGCAUGACUGGACAGAUUCCCCCACCGCAAGAGCUUGGGCUCAUUCUGCUCCUCUUUCCCGGUCGCUGUGGACGGCUGUGUUUGACUAUGGAAGUACUGGAGAAGACGAACUUAGUCUGCGGCGGGGGGACGUGGUUGAGGUCCUCUCGAAGGAUGCUGCGAUCUCGGGAGAUGAAGGAUGGUGGACGGGUAAAAUUAACCACCGAGUUGGGAUUUUCCCUGCAAAUUAUGUUACGUAUCAACCUGCAAUUUACAGACUUCCCGACGGUAGCACGGUAGGGGUGCGGGAGCGUCCGAGUACUCCCGUGCAAAUAGAUUUUAGUGAACUGGUUUUAGAGGAAAUAAUCGGUGUCGGGGGAUUCGGUAAAGUUUACCGAGGGGCAUGGAAGGACCAAGAGGUCGCUGUAAAGGCAGCCCGACAGGAUCCUGACGAAGACAUUACUGCAACUUCGGACGGUGUUAAACAAGAGGCCAAGCUCUUCUCCAUGCUACAACAUCCCAAUAUAAUAAAACUUGAAGGUGUCUGUCUUGAGGAGCCGAACCUGUGCUUGGUGAUGGAAUAUGCUCGCGGAGGGACUCUUAACCGGGCUUUGACAGGUCGGAGGAUACCCCCACACAUUCUUGUCAACUGGGCUGUUCAAAUCGCCAGGGGCAUGCACUACUUACACGAGGAGGCUGUUGUGCCCAUUAUUCACCGUGACCUGAAAUCCUGCAACAUUUUGUUGCUUGAAAAAAUAGAGAACGAUGACAUUGGAAGGAAGACUUUGAAGAUCACAGACUUUGGCUUAGCCAGAGAGUGGCACAACACCACCAAGAUGAGUGCUGCUGGCACGUACUCAUGGAUGGCCCCCGAAGUCAUCAAGUCCUCCCUCUUCUCCAAAGGCAGCGAUGUCUGGAGUUAUGGGGUCCUGUUAUGGGAGUUGCUGACAGGAGAGGUGCCUUACCGUGGGAUUGAUGGGCUGGCUGUGGCCUAUGGUGUGGCUGUCAACAAGUUAACCCUCCCUAUUCCAUCCACCUGCCCAGAACCCUUCGCCAAGCUCAUGGAAGAGUGCUGGGAACAGGACCCCCACAUCCGGCCGUCGUUUGCCUCCAUCCUGGAGCAGCUGACAGCCAUAGAGGAGGCGGUGAUGGCCACUAUGCCCCAAGACUCCUUCCACUCCAUGCAGGAGGACUGGAGGGUGGAGAUCCAGGAGAUGUUUGACGAGCUCAGGACAAAAGAGAAGGAGCUGCGUUCGCGUGAGGAGGAGCUGACGCGUGCGGCGCUGCAGCAGAAGUCCCACGAGGAGCUGCUGAAGAGGAGGGAGCAGCAGCUGGCGGAGCGGGAGAUCAAUGUGCUGGAGAGGGAACUCAACAUCCUCAUCUUCCAGCUCAACAAGGACAAGCCCAACGUCAAGAAGAGGAAGGGCAAGUUCAAACGUAGCCGCCUCAAACUCAAGGACGGCAACCGCAUCAGCCUGCCGUCAGAUUUCCAGCACAAGAUCACGGUGCAGGCGUCACCCUCCAUGGACAAGAGGAGGAGUCUGAACAGCUCCAGCCCCCCCAGCAGCCCCACACUCAUACCCCGCCUCCGGGCCAUCCAGUUGACUCUGGACGAGAGCAACAGGACAUGGGGACGAAGCACCAUCUACAAGCCAGAGGAGUUUGAUGAUGUCAAGAAGGGGAUUAAGAAGAAGGGGCGAACGUGGGGACCGAGCUCCGUUCAGACCAAGGAGCGGGGAAACUGUGCUGAAAGAGUGAGGCCACUGUCUGAUGGAAACAACCCCUGGUCCACCAGUCUGGUGAAGUCCCAGAAGUCAGUUCCAUUGGCUGCGUUGUUUGCAGAGCAGCAAGGGACCAAUAAAGAUGAGAUAUGCUCACCAGAUAGCUCGGACAACAGCAAACCAAAGCAACUGAAGUUCCCCAAUCAGGUGUACAUCGAUCUACCUCUGUGGAAGGAUGAGCAGCAGCAGGGGGGUGAGGGGACGGCAGGAGGCUGCCCUGGGGAAGGCCUGGAGGACCCCAGCACCACCUCAGCCAGCUCCACCAGCACCACCCCCCAGCACACCCCCACCAACAGUCUGAAGAGGGCCUCAGCUCGCCGCCGGACAGAUACCGUGCUCUACGUCUGUGCCUCGAUGCUGGCCUCGGUGGGGCUGGGCUUCGACCUGCGUGACACGCUCAAGGCCCCACCGGGAGACGACCCUGAGCCCCAGCCCAGCGUGGAGAAGAAGAAGAAAGAGGGUCUGUUCCAGCGCGCCACACGCUUCCGCCGCAGCACCAGCCCCCCUGGUGGACGUUCCUCCCGCAAGGAGGAAGCAGCCUUAUCCUUGUCGGCGGGCUCCCAAGGCCCUGUCAACCUCAUCUCCAUGUCCUCCAUCUCAGAGUGCAACUCCACCAAGUGCCUCCUGCAGUCGGACGUGGAGGGGCCUGAGCCCAUCCCUGUGAAGGAGGUAGACCCCAGAGCACAGCCCAACAGCGGCUCCCAGCCACAGGGUCCACAGGGGCCGGGCAGCAGGACUCAAGCUGAGGUCGAGCCCCUCCCCCAGCCUGCAGCCUCAGAGCAGACUCCGCCUCAGAGCAUGGGCUCUAGCCUCCGAAGGAAGAACUCGUCCGUCGUUCAGGACACUAAUGGUACAUCUGGCUGUCACACGACCUCGUCGGGACAGUCUUCCACCACGACCUCUCAGAAGAAGUCUGACAGGGAGGAGACCCCUGAGAAAGCAGCCAGUGGGGAGACUGUUGCUUCCAGACCCCGGCCUCUGUCCCUCCGGGGCAAACCCCACUCCUGGGGUCUCUUGAGGGGCCAAAACAAGAGCUACUCCCUGGGCCACUACUCUGGCGAGAAGAGCGCCAGGAGCCUCAACAUCGUCCUCUCUUCCACUGAGGUCAAGAUGGACUGCUCUCUGCUGGACAUGGACACAGAGGGGCAGAAACGUGACUGCACCGUGCCCCUCUGCCGAAUUCAGAGCAGCCCCAGUCGCCCUUCCGUCUUCGAACUAGAGAAAAAGUUCUUGUCAUAGCAGAAAUAAGCUGCCUUAUUACCAGGGUACCAGAGCACAAUCUUUAACGUUUGAGUUGGAUCAACAACUCUUAUUUGACAUUCCAGGGCAUUCCACUGCCCUCAUGUUUUUUUAAACUGAAUGUGGGCCACUGCUGCUUGAUGAUACCUGUGCUUUUUUAAAAUUUAUAUCUAAUAUUUUGCUAGGUAAUUUAAUAUUGGGGGGAAAAACAUAUUUCAAUAGCAUCAGGUUGAUUGAACAACGAAGGAACACGUUCCAUUUUUUGUUCUUGCAAAAAUGGCGCCAUUUCUGCACACACACUGGUUUGGAUCGUGGCAUCUCAAGUUAGAAAAUGAUGCGUACUUUAAAAUGUCAAACAAUGUUCAUUUGCUUUUGUCUAAAUAUAUUUUUCUCCAAUUUGAUUUAAUGCUGGUUAUUUUUUUUCUAUUGAUUUUGUUCAUCGAUUCUAUUUUAUAGAUACCACAGUGUUUAUUUUAGGACAAGUUCUGUCCAAUGUCAGAGGUAAUAUUGAAUGUCUUAGGCUUAUCUUUGACUUCUGUCUGGAAGUCAACAUGUGGCUCAACUGACAGAUGUAGAGUAACAGUGCAAUCAACAACACUGGAGAUCCUAGUCUCAACACUGAAACACUAAACAAGGCCUGGUCAGCCACUACCUUACCACUAUACGACUAGACAAGCGUUACAAACAACUGAACCAGUAGCACUACUGUACAGACUAUUCAGCAUUAUUCGCUGCUAUGUUUUUUGUGGAAUAUGACCAUUUGGCUCGAAACCAAUUCACAUGGGGGCUUAGUCUACCUAGCUUCCUGUGCAAACACUAUUUUGAAGAUCAAAGAAAUGGUGAUUGGAUGGGGGGGAAGUAUGAAGGUGUUUUAUUUGGCUUAUCAUAAAUGUAUAUUUUGUGUGAAUGGUUAUCAUUACAGUAUUGAUUAUUUCACACCUUUGUUCAUAAAGAUAAUGCCUAAAGAUGGAAUGACAUUUUGAAAAAACAUUCCAAUACUUGUUUGAGUAACAGAUGCAGUAUUCCUUAGCUUUUUGUUAAUAUGAAAAUGAUUGCUGAUAGGAACUGCCUUCUUUUUGAUGCACCUAGACUAUACAAGUUGUUAUCGUCUAAAUAUUCAGUCCCAUGCAAGUCAUCAGUACCGAGCAACAUGUAAAACUGUCCUGUAAAUAUCCAAUGUACAGUAUUUUUGUUCGUCCCGUUAUACUGUUUUCAAAGAAUACUGAAGGUUAAUCUCCUUUUGUAGUACUGUUUUAAAUCAAUAUUCCUAAUGGAACAUCCCAGUCAGCUGUUGAAGUCAGUAGAACUGGAAGAAUACCUUAUUUAAAAAAAUAAAAUUAAAAAAAUAAAAUAAAAUGUAAACACUGCCUUUGAGAUCACAUUGUCAUAGCUAGAGCAUUUAUGGGGUCCUUGCUAUAUCCUGACAUGUUAUGCCUGCCAUUAAUACAACAACUUUGAUAAGGCUUUCUUUUUCAUACUUUUUAUUAGCAUUGUGUUUGCUGUGCUUGGGAAAAGAUCACUACAAGAGUUUGAGAUGACAGACAUUUACAGAUCUUUAGUUAUUUUAUUUUUUUGAAACCUGUUUUAUCACAUUUUGUUCACAGAAUCGCAGUGCUCUUUUAUCCCCAUGUUAACAAUCACAGGCUUUAAGUAAUACAUCAGUUGACCUCAACCUUCUUUUAUACUUGAACCACUUCAAGAAUGGCUGAUUAGCAUGAUAGGUCUUUCAACCAGCAUGAAUCCUCAGAAACCCCCCACGUUCUUUCUGGAAAUGUAAAUCAACUCAAGACGACCAUACUAAACAAAUCUGAAUGCAUACCUUCAGAAAGUAUUUACACCCCUUGACUUUUUCAAAAUGUUUAGUCAAUUUAAAAUGGGUUCAAUUGAGAUUGUGUCACUACACCCAAUACCAUUUUUUUUUUUAGAAAUGUUUACAAAUUUAAAAGGAAACGCUGAAAUAUCUUGAUUCAACCCCUUUUAUGGCAAGCCUAAAUAAGUUCAGGAGUAAGUUGCAUGUGUGCAAUAGUAUUUAACAAGAUUUUUGAAUGACUACCUCAUCUCUGUACCCCACACAUACAGAUAAUUGUAAGGUCCCUCAGUCGAGCAGUGAAUUUCAAACACAGAUUCA